UGUUUACUUUACGUAACUUCAUUUUGAGCAAAAUGUCGAAUCUACCUCGACUCCUUAGAUUAUCUACUGUCGCAAGAUGUUACAGAAAUUUUCCAAGAUAUUCAAGUUCAACGUCUGGAAACGGUGAUCAACCAGAAUUUAUACCUGUUCCAGAAUAUGCAGAGCGACAUGGAGAAAAUAUGGAAGUGAGGAAAGCUCGACUACUUUACCAGAGCAGAAAGAGAGGAAUGCUUGAGAAUGGUCUUCUUCUUAGUACAUUUGCUUCAAAAUAUCUAAGUGAUAUGACAGAGCGCCAGGUUGAGUUAUACGACACACUAAUAAACAAACCAAGUAAUGACUGGGAAAUUUAUUAUUGGGCAACGGGAAAUAAGCCCACGCCAGAGGAAUAUCAAAGUGAAAUAAUGGACAUGUUGAAGGAACACGCUAGGAACGAAGACAGGGAUUGUAGGAUCACUCAACCACCAUUAUUUUAAUAUUUAGUUGAUGCAGUGACUGAGAACAUGUUGAAUGAGCCAAUUGUGUUUUGUAAUAUUAUGCUUUUAAAAUGCCUAUUUUGUUAGCCAUAUCUUGUUUUAAAUUUCGAAAAACCAUUAAAAGAAGUUGUUCAA